UUGAGCCCAGUUGUUUGAGGUUGCAGUGAGCUAUGAUCACACCACUGCACCCCAGCCUGGGUGACAGUGAGACCUUAAUAAGUAAGUGAAGUUCAAGGUAUUUUUCUGUCCUAAUCAAUGUUUGUAUCCCCUUUUUUUUGUAGGUUCUUAGCAUAUUGGAAUGAAUAGCUCAUUGCACAAAACACAGUCAAAAGCCCCUUGGUGCCUUGUGGAAUAAAGGAGACGAACACGUUACUCCCUUCUCUCUUCACGUCUCCACUCCCAGACAUACACACAGCUUGGUCACUAAGAACGGAAACUUCUUCCUUCUCUGACAGUUCAGUUUCUAUUCUACACCAACGUGACUGUUCAGCUGUCUUCAUUAGCAUGCCUUUAUCCCAGGAUACUCCUGCCCAAGCAAACCGCUUGAUUUAUUAUAGGAACUUCCACAAAGGCCAAGUGACUGUUCAGUCUCUUCCGAGAGAGUAUCAACAGAUUGUACCUUAAGAUUCCUUGCCUCAAAAACACUUGCUAUUUCCAACAAUCCUGGCUGUAGUAUCAUGAUCAUUACGAAAUCCUAAUCAGGUUUCCUGCAUUGAAAGACUUGUUCGCCUUAAACCUAACUUCCAAUAUUUUCAAUCAAUUCCGACCUGGUCUUGACACUUUGCUCUGUCAAGGUGCAAAGCUCUGCCGGAGUGGUGUUCUUCCUUACAGCGUUAUAAACUUUUUUGUUUUUUUUUUUGUCUUAUCAACAGGUUGAAUUGGUGGUAUUGGGGAGCUGGCAUUCCACACAAGUUUGAGAUCCAGCGUUCCUUAUGCCACAGCUCAGCCAAUGUCACUUAUACCUUUCCCACUUUUAGCCUACCCUUUGCUUCCCCUAAAAAUUUUGGUUUUUAGCUUAUUUUCAUAACGCAAGCUUCGCUUUUCUCUUUGAUACGGCUGCGCUUUUUAAAAUUUGCCAUUACUUUCUCAUGAGCUUCUACAAAUGAAUAAAACGAAAAGGAAUCUGACAGUAACUGCGCCGGGUAACUGACUCACACCGAGCCCCCAGUAGUCAAAGCAAAAGCCUUCUCAGCCGGUGGGAAACGCCGUCCUUCGAGCAUUCUGGGAAAUGUAGUCCAGGAGGCGCGAGAACGCCGCGGCGCUUCCGCUCGGGGAUUCUGGGAAGUGGAGUUUGUUAACUGCGUGCAGGCGGAGGCACUUCCGCUCCAGGAAGGCGAGGUCGGCUCUGAGAUUGCUCCCGGGGCGUUUCGCCUUCCCCGAACUCCGCCUUUUCUCAGAGGAAAGAGGAGAAAAAUGACCAAGUUCCAGGAGGCAGUGACAUUCAAGGACGUGGCUGUAGCCUUCACCGAGGAAGAGCUGGGGCUGUUGGACUCUGCUCAGAGGAAGCUGUACCGAGAAGUGAUGCUGGAGAACUUCAGGAACCUGGUCUCAGUGGGACAUCAGUCCUUCAAACCAGAUAUGAUAUCCCAGUUGGAGAGAGAGGAAAAGCUCUGGAGGAAGGAGAUCCAAACCCAAAUGGGCAGGCAUUCAGGAGGCAGGAAUCAAAAUGAGAUGGACACUCUUCAUGAAGCAGGAUUAAGGUGCCUCUCACUGGGAGAACUUUCCUGCUGGCAAAUCAAGAGACAUGUUGUGAGCAAAUUAACCAGAAGUCAAGACUCCAUGAAAAAUAUUCAAGGAAAGAGUCCUCAGUUCCCCAGGCACCAUGGUUCCCCCUGUCAAGUGGGAGCAGGAGAAUCUAUUCAGGCUUCUAUGGAUGACAGCAGACUAGGGAACCUCAUAGGGGAUCAUUCCAAUAUCAUUGAAACUCAAGAAUUUCCAACUGGUAGAGUUCAGAAUUCUUGGAGUGAAAUAUAUCUGAAUGAGACACAGCAUUGUCAGAGAAGUUGUAAGCAGACUCAGAUGAAAAACAGACUAUGCAUUUUUGCUCCAUGUGUUGACAUUUUCAGUUGCAUCUCACACCACCAUGGUGAUGACAUAGUGCACAAAAGAGACAAAGCUCUUAGCGACAGUGACUGCGGUAAAGACAUCCUAAAGGUAUCACCUCUUACCCAGCGUAGUAUUCACACAGGACAGAAAACUUACCAAGGUAAUGUAUGUGAAAAAACCUUCGGUGAUGGCUCCAGUCUUGAACUUUGCCAGCAGGUACACUUGGGAAAGAAGUCCCCUCCCUGUGGUACACACGGGAAUGAUACCGGUUAUAGCUCAGGUAUUCCUUUUCAACAGAGUGUUCGCACAGGAAAAAAACGCUACUGGUGUCAUGAAUGUGGGAAGGGUUUCAGUCAGAGCUCCAAUCUGCAAACUCAUCAGAGAGUCCACACAGGGGAGAAACCCUAUACCUGCCAUGAAUGCGGUAAGAGCUUUAAUCAGAGCUCACAUCUUUAUGCUCAUCUGCCUAUUCACACAGGAGAGAAGCCCUAUAGAUGUGACAGUUGUGGGAAGGGCUUCAGUCGGAGCACGGAUCUUAACAUUCACUGCAGAGUUCACACUGGAGAGAAGCCUUAUAAAUGUGAGGUAUGUGGGAAGGGCUUCACACAGAGAUCGCAUCUUCAGGCCCAUGAAAGAAUCCACACUGGAGAGAAACCGUAUAAAUGUGGGGAUUGUGGUAAACGCUUUAGUUGUAGCUCAAAUCUUCAUACCCAUCAGAGAGUCCACACUGAAGAAAAGCCAUACAAGUGUGACGAGUGUGGUAAGUGCUUUAGUUUGAGCUUUAAUCUUCAUAGUCAUCAACGAGUCCACACAGGAGAAAAACCAUAUAAGUGUGAAGAGUGUGGGAAGGGCUUUAGUUCAGCCUCAAGUUUCCAGAGCCAUCAGAGGGUCCACACAGGAGAGAAACCAUUUCGAUGCAACGUGUGUGGUAAAGGCUUCAGUCAAAGCUCCUAUUUUCAAGCCCAUCAGAGAGUCCACACGGGAGAAAAACCAUACAAAUGUGAAGUGUGUGGGAAGCGCUUUAACUGGAGCUUGAAUCUUCACAAUCAUCAAAGAGUCCACACAGGAGAGAAACCCUAUAAAUGUGAGGAAUGUGGUAAGGGUUUUAGUCAGGCCUCAAAUCUUCAAGCUCAUCAGAGCGUCCACACGGGGGAAAAACCAUUCAAAUGUGAUGCAUGUCAGAAGCGAUUCAGUCAGGCCUCCCAUCUUCAAGCCCAUCAGAGAGUCCACACUGGAGAGAAACCAUACAAAUGCGACACGUGUGGUAAGGCCUUCAGCCAGAGGUCCAACCUUCAAGUCCAUCAGAUAAUUCACACUGGAGAGAAACCAUUUAAAUGUGAGGAGUGUGGGAAAGAAUUCAGCUGGAGCGCUGGCCUCAGUGCCCAUCAGAGGGUCCACACAGGAGAGAAACCCUACACGUGUCAGCAGUGUGGGAAGGGCUUCAGUCAGGCCUCGCAUUUUCACACCCACCAGAGAGUCCACACUGGAGAGAGGCCUUACAUAUGUGACGUCUGCUGCAAGGGCUUCAGUCAGAGAUCGCAUCUCGUCUACCAUCAGAGAGUCCACACGGGAGGGAAUCUGUAGAAAUACAAAGUAUGGAACAGCUGUCAGAGUUCACAUCUUCCUCUCCAUUGGAAAUCCACGUUGAUUACAAAAAGCUCCUUCAGAACUCAGCAGCUUCAAAAGCAGCUAAGAUGCUACAUUUUAAGGACUCCAUUGGCAGGCGAAUAUUUUACUAACAUCAAGACUUCUCACAGAUGAGAGAAAACUAUUUGCUCUGUCAGUAUGGUCAAAUGUUUAUGCCAGAGUUCCAAAGCAUCCCAAUUAUUAAAAUGCAACACAGAAGAAUCGUAUUCAUUGGAAUCUACCCGAGAGAGGCCUUACUUUAACAAAAUUAUAUGACUGACUGACAAAAUUGUCAAAUGAAUUGUAAUCUCCAGGUAGGGAGGUGUUUUUCACUACUGUAUUUCUACCAUGUAGAACUAUGCUUGGCUCAUAAGAGGGCCUGGCUGGGACUGAAGAAAAUGGAUAAAAUCCCUAUGAGAGAUAUUUGAAAAUUCUAGUCAGUUCCCUAUCCUAACUAUAUAUUAAUUUAUAGUCAAAAGGAAUCCUGCCUUAACCGUUUCAGGAAAUAAAGUACAGAAAAUCAUGUAUGACUGCUAUCCACAGUGAUUCAGAUUAGGACAAGAGACUUUCGAAUGGCUUCCAUCCUUCAGCCUCACUUCUCUGUACAGUGUUAUCAUGAAUUGUGUAUGGUAUAAUUUUUAGUAUCAGUUUGUACUUGAGGGGUUGAAAAAUACUGUUUUUAUGAAUAACAACACUGCAAUUUAUGCAGUUGGGAUUUUUGGACCUGCAUUCAUUAAGGUCGAGUUUUACUGUAACUCAAAGCAUUAAAAGUAGUUACCCGUGACAAAAAGUUUCUUAGUAAACUUGAAUUGCUAAUAAUUGAUUGGGUUUUCAUUAUUUUCAUGCAGGCUUAGGUCAAUUUGCUUUUCUAUAUGUAGUCCUUCCUCAUCUAGUCCUCUUUAGAAAGAGCUUUACCAGAUAUCAAGCACAUUUCGUCAUAUUCUUCUCCCGAAAAUGGGAGUAGGGACAGAAACAUUUAGUUUUGUUUGAAGUAUCAUUAAAAGCAACUGCCAUUUACAUAGCAUUGUGUGCCCAAUCCCUUCUCUUGGUGUGAGUGAACAUGAGCUUUUUGUAGAUCAGCUGGUGAAAAGAUCAGAAUACUCUUGGACCUGACAAUCCAAGCACUAGAAGUUUAGCUUAGCAGAUUAUAACAAAAGAUUUUAUACAAGAUAUUUAUCCUGGGGCCUGGCUUGGUGCCCCUCACCUGGCCUUACAUAAUCCUAGCAUUCUGGGAGGGCAAGGCGGGAGGAUUGUUUGAGCUCAGGAAUUCGAGACCAGCCUGAG